UCUCACCAGUGCUCUGAAACAGAGGAAUCAAUGGUCUGCGUUGGCCAUUAGCGCUUAAAAUACCCAAACCUGACACCAACUAAUUAAAUUCUGAUAAAAGAGGUAAUCAGGAUGCAGUGCUCCUAAAGUCCUGCUCCACAGUGCAUGAGGAUGAGGAGGUGCAGGCAGCACAAGAGCAGCUCACAAGCUUCCUUCCAACUGCCGUGUGUCUGUCCUGCCUUUGUUCCUCUUCUGGGUUUGAUCAACUGUUACGGGAUGGGGAGGAAAAAAAGAUCAGAUUGACACUAAAAAGUUCUUAGGGACGUCUGCCCAAGGCACUGAGUGCUGUACCAGGAACCACAGACACAAGAGCCGCAGAGCAUUGCGUGUGUUAUCUGUUAUCUGCUGGUGUGGUCCCAAAUCCUGUGUCUCUAUUCUGUCUUUCAGGUGCCCUUUCCCCCAGCUCCCCCCCAUACUUCCCUUUUUAAAUCACCCCGCGAUUCUUCCUCCUUUCCCUCCACCCUUUGUACGUUCUGGGUUUGGGAGUUUUAGCAAAGAUCCCCUCACAAAAAAGCCGAAAACCCAACGAGAGCAUUUUGGGGGAAGCUCCCAGCAGGGUAAUUCCCAACGUGACGUGCCUUAACCCUCUUUUUCUCCGGUGCUUUUUAUGUUGGGUUUUGGGUAACAGAGACACAAACGUGACGUCUUUUGCUUCGGUUAUUUUCGUGACUGCAUUGUGAGCAGGAGCUCAGCUCUUGCAGGAGUCAGUGGCACUGGGACAGGACAUCUGAAGAACCUCGUGGAGCUCCUUACCACCUUCCUUCCCCCACCAAACCAUGCACCAUGCAGCUGUGAAACAUCGCGGCGCUUUGCUUCGCUAACAGAAAGCAUUCAAAUACUGCUCUGUCAUUCUACAAGAGUUCACCCCAGUGCUGUUGGAAGACCAAGAGCAGGGCACUGCUGUGCUGCCCUCAGACUGUUGAUGUCCUCAGCUGCUGCAGGAAAAGCACCAGAGCUGGAACCCAGUUUGUUACUGGACUUGUGGAAGAGGAAACACAAAGACUUCCAAAUGAAUAACCGAAAGGAAGAUAUGGAGAUUGCCUCCCACUACCGGCACCUGCUUCGGGAGCUCAACGAGCAGCGGCAGCACGGCAUCCUUUGCGACGUCUGCAUCAUCGUGGAGGGGAAGAUCUUCAAGGCUCACAAAAACGUUCUGCUCGGGAGCAGUCGCUACUUCAAAACGCUGUACUGCCAGGUACAGAAAACCUCCGACCAGGCCACGGUCACCCACUUAGACAUUGUCACUGCACAAGGCUUUAAGGCAAUCAUUGACUUCAUGUAUUCUGCACACCUAGCGCUGACCAGCAGGAACGUCAUCGAGGUGAUGUCUGCUGCCAGCUAUCUGCAGAUGACGGAUAUCGUGCAGGCCUGCCACAACUUCAUCAAGGCAGCUCUGGACAUAAGCAUCAAGUCAGAUGCCUCGGAUGACCUUGUGGACUACGAGCUGGGAGCCCCCUCCAGCAGCAGCACGGACGCUCUGAUCUCAGCAGUGGUGGCUGGCAGGAGCAUAUCGCCAUGGCUGGCUCGGAGGACGAGUCCAGCAAACUCUUCAGGAGAUUCUGCUAUCGCCAGCUGCCACGAAGGAGGGAGCAGUUAUGGGAAGGAGGAUCCGGAACCAAAAACUGACAGCCACGAAGACGUUUCAUCCCAGUCUCUUUGGUCUAGUGACAUGGGCUAUGGGUCUUUACGUAUCAAAGAGGAACAGGUUUCUCCCUCUCAUUAUGGAGGGAAUGAACUGCAUUCUGCCAAGGAUAGUGCAAUACAGAACGCUUUCUCAGAACAAGGAGUGGGGGAUGGCUGGCAGCCCACGGGGCGCAGGAAGAACAGGAAAAAUAAGGAAACUGUGCGUCACAUUACACAGCAAGUAGAGGAUGACAGCAGAGCGAGUUCUCCAAUGCCAUCUUUUUUACCUGCCUCAGGAUGGCCAUACAGCAGUCGGGAUCCAAGUGCUGAGGUGACGGCAGCAGAGCCCAGCAGCUCGGACAGCCGGGGGGAGCGGCCGGACCCGUUUGUACACACCGAGGAGCAGCUGCUGGGUGCUGGGGAGGGCAGCUACCUGCCGCAGCCCCCCCUGGACAGGGAGGAUGCACUGCAAGCUGCCACCGUCGCCAACCUGCGCGCAGCGCUGAUGAGCAAGAACAGCUUGCUGUCGCUGAAGGCCGACGUGCUGGGCGACGACAGCUCCCUGCUCUUCGAGUACUUACCCAAAGGCACGCACUCUCUCUCUCGGCCUGGCACCAACUGGAGUCGUUCCAGGGGCGAAUGUGAUGGCAAAGUGGAAGCUGCGUCCCCCCCGCUGCCUGCAGCACACCUUGCCACUCAGAGCCCCCCUGCCAGCUGCUCCUCUGGUGACAUGUCACCAGAAGCCACCACGAAAGGAGAGCUGCCCUCCUCCACCCAGGCUGCUUACGAUGGGUUUCUGGCACUUUGGCCAUUUGAUAACUCUGACUCAGAUGCGUGUUUGAGGUCAGAAGACACGGACGUAACCCACGACAGCCUAUUCCCAGACUCAGCCCUGCCCAAGGGACUGACCUGCGGCUUCUGCAGGAGGGUCUUUGAGCGUGCCGAGGAGCUGCAGGAGCACAUCCACGGGCACAUCUACCAGCACGAGGCUGCCCUCUCCCUGCUGCUCCCUCUGGAUGCCCAUACACGGCCCGGCCUGCUGGGCACCGUGCCUCCCAGCCGCUUCCAGUGCGCCCAGUGCCCCGCCAGCUUCACGCUCAAAUCCAACAUGGACCGCCACGAGAAGACCAUCCACUUCAACUUCAACGAGUUCACAGUGAUCAGGAAGAAAUUCAAGUGCCCAUACUGCAGCUUCUCUGCCAUGCAUCAGUGCAUCCUGAAAAGACACAUGCGGUCCCACACGGGAGAGCGGCCUUACCCCUGUGAGAUCUGUGGGAAGAAGUUCACGCGUCGGGAGCACAUGAAGAGGCACACACUGGUGCACAGCAAGGACAAGAAGUACGUCUGCAAGGUGUGCAACCGGGUGUUCAUGUCUGCAGCCAGCGUGGGCAUCAAGCACGGCUCCCGCCGGCACGGCGUCUGCGCCGACUGCUCGGGGCGCAGCAUGGCCGGGCACCUGGAGCCCAGCGGGGCCGAGGGGUCCCCCGAGGAGCUGUACCCUGGGGAGGGGUCGUACAUGGAAGACCCGGAUGACAUCAAGGUGGAGGGAGACGAGGAGAUGGGAGACGACGAUGACAUCAAAUGGAAGGAUGAUGUGGGCAUGGCGCACGACGACGUGAUUUUGGAUGAUGACAAAGACGUCGACUCCUCGCAGGAGAACUCUGGGGAGAACGACAAGGAUUUUACCUGGAUUUCUUAGGGAUCCUUUUGUCACGUUCUGUUGUUUGUAGGGGGAGGGAGGGCAGGGGAGGAAGGAGUAUGUUGGAAAAACUACAUAGCCUUGUUGUCGUCCACGUGUGCAAAACUAUUUGUGUUUUCUAAACGAGUCCUACUCUGUUCCACUUGGAUGUGUGUUAGCAACACGGCCCCGCCGCCUGCUGUUCCUCCUCGAUCCUGCAUGGGGAUCCUAUGGGCACGUGCCCCCGUCCCACCCUGCAUUGAGCUCCAGGAGAUGCUGUGUCCAAAGUAGGUUUUGGGUGGUGGUUAACACCUUUUCUAUGUGUUAACAUCCCGACAGCAGUGGAAUUGCAAACUAAAGGUGGUGCGAACGAAUGGGUGCACGUUUCCGAGGGCUUCCCCUAUUGAUGCAGGCCUUUUGCAAGUUAUUUAAAGAGGGUUUUUAUUGUUGUUUUUUUUUACCGAGCCAAAUAGAUCAAAAGGCAAGUGGGAUUGCAGCCUUACAAUUCUUGUCAUAAAAGUAGAUUUUUAGCUUCCAAAAGGAUCACCAUCAAAAAAGAUCAUGGCAUUUCUAGGACCCAGUGGUGUCGUACCCGUGUCCUGUCUUCCAGCCUUGCGUCUCCGUGCCCACCGAUGGGUGCUGGCAUUUUCAUGAACUCUUUGCUAUAAGGACACAGGGAAUUGUCUACCUGUCGGCGUUUUCCACAGAUAUUUUCACUUUUCUCCCUUUGCUCAGCUGCCUUUCUCACAAAUAUAUGCAAACGGUAGGAAAAGCGAGAACCUUUAGGAUGAACUGUGAAACACGGGACACCGAGGUGAGGAGACCCAAAAUCCUGCUGGGAUCUCACCUGGGUGGGCUUCAGUCCUUCGUUGGUAGGCGUGAAAGCUAUUAAGGAAACCUUCAAUCUCAGCUGCACUGGUUUCAUGUAAAUUUGCAAAUAAAAUGUUUUUAUGAGAACCAGGUUUCUCUCCUGGCGUGUCUCGGAAAGGUUUGGGUGGCUCCAAGUGGUUGGAUGCUCCGUGUCCAUACCGAGCAUCACUGCCUUCUUCCAACCCCAAGGAAACGACGGCGCAGUGCACUGGAGGGGUCUUACUGGCGAGAAGAAGUCCGUGUUACCUUUCACCUCUUUGCUUCUGGUGCUUUUUUUUUAAAAACAAGGCAAAAAAAAAAAACAACCUGAAAAAGCUGAAAACCUCACUCUUUCCUCGCUACGGAGCAAUUUUCUACGCUGUCUGUGAUGACACUCUUUGAAACCUGCCACAAAGAACAACCUGGUGCCGAUAGCCAAAUGACUCCAAGGUGCUAUUUAUUAUCCUCCGGCGGUGGGAAGGCGAUCUCGGUGGGGAGGGAGGUUCUUACAGGUGUUGGUUUCAAUGGAAGCAUGGUUCUGCUCGGCAGGAAAACAGGCUUUGUGGUACCAUCACCCCAACCAAUCCCUCGGGGUCGGAGCUGCUGGCUGCCAGCACUGCUCUCUGCAGUUCCAUGCAGACAUCUGUGUGCAUUUCUGUUGGGGUUGGUGCACGUUGGGAAUUGGUGCAUGUGUCCAACUGCUGCCAUCAGUGCUCAUCCCUGUGUGCAUAGGGCUGCAGUGGGGGGUCGUGCAGAAACGUUUUCAUUGAGCUGUACAAACCUUCAUUUUGCAUUGUAACUCCAGGUCGAGCCCCACUGCCGUGUUUGAACAGACAAAAGCAAUCCCCGUGUUCUACCGUCAGCCUUCACAACUGUCCUCAAGGCCCCAGAGCUGCCCAACCCGGUGCCAGGCAGCUCUCAGCUCCCACAGAUGUGUAUUUAUUGUCAGCCCUGUACAUAGGAGGGGCCUCGCAGCCCCCACUUCCUUGUAGACAAAUGCAUACAGUACUUACAGAUGGCUGUAGCUUUGCUUUUAUAUGUAAAUCUAUUUAAAAACAGAACCUGUACACCCAACCCCUGCCCCCUUUUUUCUGUGACAUUCCAUCCCACACCACAAGAGCCGGGAGUCCCCCCAUCCCCUCUUAAAGCCUGGGGUGACCCCAGCUUUGCUUCAUAUUUGGAAACGUUUCCCAUUUUUCCUUCCUUUCCUUUUCGGACAUUGAGCCCAGCAGCACCAACUGGGUGCACUCUCAGAGCUGAGGAUGCAAAAGAGGUUAAAAAUGAAUUUAAAAAGGAAGCUCCACAGAAAAGCUAACACAGUGUGUUAGCAUUAUCAUCAGCACCACUCCUCUAUGGGGUUGCACUGCGUACCAAACAGAGCCUCUGACCCAUGGUAAGUGCCAGAGCUUCACUGCCCUGUUAGGAAGGGAACUCCAUGCAAAUGCAAAAACUGGAAUCCUUGCAAUAUUACAAACGAGAUGACCUUAUUUUCUCUCAUUCUGUGACUCCUACAAAAGCCAUACUGAAUGGUUCUCUGUACGUUUCGGUUGCCCUGCGCUGCGUUUUGGGUUCCUGCCUUCAUUUUUAGUUCUGCGUAGUACGAGUGCUGUGUGUGUGCUCCCAUCUCUAUUUAUUUUUCAACGUGCUUUAAACCUGUCUGCAGAAAUAAAGCUGAACAGAAAGAGGGCGGCGUUCGAAGAUGAUGAUGAUGAAUUAUUUCCUUUUGCUGGGAAUAUUCUAUAUUAUAACUGACUUUAUAAUAAUUAUUAUAAAACCUGUGUUUGUACUGAAGAUGUGUUUAAUAUUUCGGGGGAGGAGAUUUUGGUCUCAGAGGUCAGCAGAGGACGUGGCUGUGUUGUACUGAUUCCCUGUCGAUGUAGUUCAGCUGAUAGGACCUUCCUUUGGUCUCUGUCUGCCUGGCACCCAGAGCUGUGCCCUUUGAGUAUACAUACAUUGUGAUGGGACUUAGCGUAGACAUACGUGCAGAAAUCAAUCCCUUUCAAUAAAUCGGGGAAAUUGCU